GCCCACUACACCAUGGGCUGACAUGCACACACAUUCCACAGCAAGACAACCUCUCUCAAGGUUUGGGUCACAGUGGCAGGGCUCCUUGCCACUCUGGUCACCUGCACACAGCCACUCUGGAAGGCAGCUAGGGACCCAGACUGGGUAAAGGAUGGGGCUCCUGUCCAUCACAUGCCUGGGCUGGUCAUGCCAGUCCUCCGCCAUCUCCUAGGCUUGUUUUCCAUCCCACAACCUGCCAAAAUCUGAAGCACAACCACAUCUCUGCCCUGCCCAGGAAGUCCCGGGGCAAUGUCGGCAUCAUUAAAUGCUUACUUUAUGAAGCUGAUGUGCCUCUUGCAGAGGUCAGGUGAAAGCAGGAGGUGUGGCAGGGUGGUGAGGGAAACCUGUAGAUCAUGUCAGGAAGAAACACAUCUUGUGACGCCUUGACCGCCCACUUGAAGCACAGGGACAAUCAUCCCCAAACUGAGCAGCACCGGGCAGCCUCACUUCAGAGACACACCCGGCUCUGCAACUCCCAGCCACAGCUUCUCCAGUACCCCUGCCACCAGCACCCCGUGGGACAUGGCUGCCCGGAGAGUAGCCAUCAUCGGUGCCGGUGCCUCUGGCCUGUGCGCCCUGAAAUGCUGCCUGGAGGAGGGGCUGGAGCCCACCUGCUUUGAGAGGAGCAAGGACAUCGGGGGGCUGUGGCGCUUUGAGGAGCGCCCCGAGGACGGCCGUGCCAGCAUCUACCGCUCCGUCAUCAUCAACACCUCCAAGGAGAUGAUGUGCUUCAGCGACUUCCCCAUCCCCGAGGACUUCCCCAACUACAUGCACAACUCCAAGAUCAUGGAGUAUUUCCGCAUGUACGCCCAGCACUUUGACCUGCUCCGCCACAUCCAGGGAGAGCCCGGGCGGUGUCAGCCCGGCGAGGUGCUGGACCCCGUCCUUCACUCAAAACCCCCUGGGAACGCCUGCCAGUGCUCCCGGUACUGCUGGAGACCCCAGCCCCGCUGCAGAAAGCCCUGGGCUCCGUGCCGCCGCUUCCCGGGACGGCCACGGGCCGGCUGA